AUGAAUCUCUGGUCGCUAGGCGGCUUCAAUGAAACCAUGGCGAUCUGCAAAACAUUCAGAGACGGAUAUUCAGUGUCCGGUGCUGAAAUUGUGAAAUAUAGCGAGGGAAGGUAUAGCAUGAAAUAUUCAAACGCGAUGGAACCAAUUGCAAUAUUUGGAUGUGCUGGGGCACCAAAGAAUGACUGCAACGUUGCCUUGGAAAUAUCGAAGAGGAAUAAUCAACCAAUACGCUUCGUCGGAUACAACGAAAAAGGCUGGGUCGAGUUAGGACUUUACGAUGACAACGAAGAAGUCUACAGAACGACGGCUGAGUAUCUCAUCGAACACUCAAAGAGACCGAUAUUCGUUACCGUGACGGACGAUGGUGAAAUACGUGCUACCAUUUUCGAUUCGGAAGAAGAGGCCAUGCCAAACCAUACGUUUUCUCACUAUGUAUUUUGCAGAUCCGACUUCUACAGAGCAUGCGAACUGGAAUGCUUGCCUCAUAACGAAAGUUUUGAUAUCUGCUAUUACGAACCUGUUGAGGAGGAAGAAAAAUCCAAUUAUGGUUUUUGCGACGAGUUUGCGCUCGGUCAACCAUGCAAAUGCGCAUCUUGCGAUUUAACUGAAUGGACGCCGUGGAUCUAUAAUGAAACUUGCGGUUACGCUUCCAAGAAAAGGUUCAGACCACCAAACUAUCAACCUGACCUUAUUUGUCGAUAUUACAAACGAUACGAGUGUUGCCGCGAAGUUGAACAGGAAUACAUAGGAGCUUGUCCAUGUGUUAGGAGAACUUGCAUGAAUGGUGGAACCUGCAAGGACCUCUUCUCCUACAACACAAGUCAGUGCCUCUGUGUUUUUGGAUACACUGGAGAAAACUGUGAAAAAGGUAAGGGUUUUCGCUCGAUAUGUGUUGCAGGCAUCUCUCAUAAGGGCAGAGCCAGACUUCAUCAUACAAUUAACCUUUUACACUCGUCAAAGUAA